CGGAAGGCGGAAGUGAAGAGGCGGCUUCCGGCGCGGCGCCGGUCACAGCUCGGGUGGUGCGGUUGGUGCUUGGCUGCGGUUGGGUCGUUGUGGGAGGAGGAGCCGGCAGAUUCUGUCAGAGGGUUGGAAAGAACCAUGGUGUGCAUUCCUUGUAUCGUCAUUCCAGUUCUGCUCUGGGUCUAUAAGAAAUUCCUUGAGCCAUAUGUCUACCCUAUAAUUUCACCUUUCAUUAAGCGCAUGUGGCCUAGCAAAGCUGUGCAGGGAACACUGGCCACCAAACAAGGCCAAGGAGACAGUACUGGAACUAUUCUGAGGACCUCACCCAGAAACCUAGGCCCAACCGAUGAUUCUGGAAUGUAUAAGAUUGAAGGCAAUGGGGUCACAAAUGGAAUCACUGCAACGGGACCAAUGAAAGUUUCUGACAAGAAGACUGAUUAAAGGAACUUGUUCAUUAGGAACUUUUCUUUGCUGUACAAUGUGAACUGGUGAUACUGUUCCCACUUUAAGAUUUGGUGGCCCUUCUAUCUGAAAGGAAGCAUGAGUUGUUUAUAGCAGAGGGUUUCCUCUGCUGCUGAAAUGGGUGAAUUUAGCAGCUUUCUCUUUAAGAUGUUUGAGAAGUUGUUUUAAACUAUUCUUAUUCCUUACUACACUUUCCUCACUGAAAUUCUUUGCAGCUGUUAUGCAGUUCAGAUAAGGUUAGAUAUCCUAGAUUAAUUUAUUUUUAUCAAUAAAUGAAGCUUUACAUGGUAAAUAUGUCAGAUUCUUAUAGUUGUCUUGUAAAACACAUGGAUUUUAGCUGCAUUACAGCAGUUCCUGAAACUCAGACUUCACUGUAGCUCAUUACUCUGCUCUCAGCCUCAUGCAAAAUGUUAGGGUUUCAUCCAAUAUAGUUUGAUGGCGUAACGUGCAAUCUCUUGCUCUAAGAGCUAUAACUCUCCCAUCCCUGCUAAAGAUGUUAUGGAUUGUACUGAGGACACCAGCGUGUUUCUUGGCAAUGCUAUGAAGAAAAUUUUAUAAAAGGAGAUCUCCACCUGGUAACCAAUCAGCUAGAAUAGGUGCAAUAUUUACAGGAUUUGUUUAUUUUACUGGAAGCAGAAGGCAAGCCCUGAGGAAUGGCAGGGACGUAGCAUGAGAGAAUUACUAUGUGUGCAAGUCGCAGUAGUUAAGAUUGUAGAUGUCAGAACUGUAAAAUUCAGAAUGAGCUCAGAAAAAUCUGGUUAACCUGCUUGUGUAACUUAAUUAAAACAAACUGGGAUUUUAUUAAAACACUUUUUUUCAUAUAAAAA